AUGAAGAAGUCUCUCGCCCUCCUCGCGGCUCUCGCACUAGUCCCGCCCGCCCACGCAGACUGGACCGUGACCCUCUCGCCAACGAAAGACCAAACCCGCUGCGCGACCUCGACCGGCGUCGGCCAACCAGUCCUCAUCCUGCCAUGCGACGGCUCCGACGCCCAAAAGUGGAUCACGGGCGAAGGCUGCGGCACGACCUUCUGGCAGUCCCAGACCGGACAGGAUGUGGUCCUGCAAGCGGGCUAUGACUGGAACACCCGGCGGUGGUCUCCCCGGUCCGGAACGCCAUUCAUUCUGAACUCGACAUGGACCCGCCCGGGCGCUGGCAUGGUGUUUGUGCGUGAUGGAGAGACGGGGCAGAUUGAGGACCUGUACGCGGACCAGUUUGUGGGGUAUCACCAGUGCUUGGACUGGAGGGAUGGAGCGGGCGAGACGCUCCAGUUGUGGGAGUGCAUCGGUCGGGUGGACGGCCCCGUUGGGGAGAACCAGAGAUGGACGGUGAGUGCAGGACAAGGAGAGAUGGACUCUGAAUAUGAAGCUUUGCCGUAUGCGAUGCAUGCCUUGAGUGACUCACCACGUCAGAGUGGACAUUGA